GAUAACUAAGAAACCUUAUACAUAGUUGGUCGGUCGGUCCUUAGUCGGUUUUUUUUAUAUUACCUGUUAUAGGCAGGUAGUGUUCCAAAUUAGACUUAUCAAUAAAUUAUCAUAUUCGGAUCUUAUGAUAAAUUACAUUUUCCGUCAUCCAAAUUUAUAGAAAUGGCUCCGUCUAUAAAUCACGCCUCAUAAAAUACAAGAAUUGAGUUGGUUUUCGAUAAUAAAAUAUGGGGAGGCUUGUAGAUGUUGCAUGAGUGAUGUCCUGUCUAAUAUACAAGCAGUAAUGCGGCUCUGCUCGCAACGGCCCGCCGGGAAUACUAAGGGCCUGUAAUUUGUCUGGUCUCGCCGAAUAUUGGACUUCGAGUCAUCAUCACGCUUCUUUGUUAUUCCAGAGGGGUAAGACUCUCCCCGUUAAUGAAACUUUUGCGUCGUUCAAUUAAUUUAAUUGCAAAUAAAGGGUGACGUUUCUUUCGGGCGCCUAUUUUGUAAGUGUUUUGGUGACACUAGCACAAAUAAAGUUCUUCAAGGAAAUAGAGAUGAGAUGAACUUGCUUAGAUUGGGUAAUAGUGAAGUAGGUAAAUUGUGAUGUAGCAUAGCUACUUUCAUAAUUUGCCGUCGGGGGAUCGAGCGGUGGUGGUGGUGGCAGUAUCCGCAGGGCUAGCCGCAGCACGCGCACGCGCCGGUCUCUAGCACUCGACUCGGCCGCUCUACGGGAAUUGUUACAUCGACUUCAUCUGGCAUUGUGUUAUUAGCAGACUUUUUAAAUAAACAGCUGUCAAAGCCAGUGGAAAACGCAAGUGGUGUGACUUUGAAUAUAUCUCCUAAGAUAUUCGAAAUAUUAGUUCUUCAAAGUUCAUUACUUGUCCAAGAUUGCAGUUGACCGUGGAGUGGAUGAUGCUCAAAUACUGAUAUCACCAGGAUGUGCCUUAAAUUUUAUGGUGCAACUAGGACAAUGAUAAUCGUGACGAUUCUAGUGCUUGUGAGUGUGGUGGGUGCAAACGUGAACAUCACGGAGGUGGCCAGGGGACAGUCCCGGGUAGCGUGGCUCCGGACUCUGAUGGACCACCACGACUGGCCGGCGUACGUAGACAAAGAAGGCAUCGCCCUGCCUCCGCAGUGCAAGGAUGACCUCAAGACCUAUUUUGCGGCUUUAAAUGAUGGCAAAGUGUGGGCUUCUAAAAUAUACGACGCGUCAGGGCAGUACAACCAGAACGUGAUGUUCGGCAACGAGUACUGGCUGGGCUCGUUCAGCUCGUGCCGCGACCUCCAGCUCAAGCAGUACUACGCGUCCACGCCGCCUUUUGACACCAAGUUCCACAUGGUCAGGAUCAACGUCACGCUAGACGAGGACCACUUGCCACAGAGCAGAGUGAUUCUGGUGGGCGAGUGUCUACCAGCGUCGUGCAAUGAGUCGGCCAUCCUGGCCAUCAUGAGCGAGGCGGAGGCUGCAGCAAGCGCGCGGGCGGCCGCCGCUGGCCUGCCGUCCUCCGUCAGAACCGUCGGCGUGCGGCCUGUCCCCAGCUCCUACAAUAUACUGCACGACACAAAGCUACAUAUUCUAGGCACCGUAUCCAUUGUAGUUUUCUUGUUGAUGGUGACGGCUUCUUGCUACGAGGGCUACCUGGAGCGCCGAUUCAAACAGAGCACUGACCCGCGUGACCUGGAGCUAGCACAACACGAAAACAACAACAAACCGGUCAGCGACGGCACACAUCAAGCCGAUGGGAACUCAGCCAAAGACAAUCACGACAGAGACCUUCGGCGGGAAACUUGCGGGACAUGGGCCGAGGUGCUGCUGUCGUUCUCGAUGCUGUCGAAUGGUCGCGCCAUCCUCAGCACGCACCGCCCCACCGACGGGGCGCUCACUUCACUACAUGGAAUUAGAUUCUUAUCUGUGGUAUGGGUGAUAAUGGUACAUACUUACCUGACUGUAUUCUACAUCUCGACGAACAAGACAAUGAGAACUAUAAUAGAACGCAACUUCAUGUACCAAUCUGUUGGCAACGCUUCCUAUUGCGUGGACAGUUUCUUCUUCAUAAGUGGCCUACUUGUUACAGUCCUAUUCCUAAGAACCGAAGACAAAAAAGCCGCAAGAAGAGAAGAAGUGAAGCAGCAGAAAGAUAAACAGGACAUUAACAAAAAUAUGAACGGUUACACGAAUUCCGCAUUAUCGGUAUCCGUCAUAAGCCAGAGUUCGUUCUGUCAGGACUUACUAGAGAAACCUAAAGGAAAGUUAUAUACGAAGGGGGAAUUUUUCAGUCUAAUCAAAAACUUUGUGGUUUUGUUUUUCUAUAGAGUUGUGCGACUGUCUCCAGCGUACGCCUUCGUGAUUGGUUUAAACGAGAUCACUCUUCGGUAUACCAACUCGCACUCAGUGUUUGAGCCGGCACAGUACGACCACGUCACUUGUGACCAGUUCUGGUGGAGAAAUCUUCUCUACAUCAACAACCUGUACUCACAGCGAGAAAUGUGUAUGGUUUGGUCUUGGUACAUGGCCAACGACACGCAAUUUUAUGUCGUGGGCAUAAUAUUACUGUUGAUAUCAGUGAAGCAUCCAAAGUUUGCCGUGAGCUCGCUGGGUGCGAUCAUGGUGAGCUCCUGGGCCACCACUAUCUACAUCUCCGUGUCGAGCAUGUACAAGGCGCGAAUACAAGAGCCGUUUGAAAUGUUCGACGGGCUGUACGAUAAGCCAUGGUCCAGAAUUGGUCCCUAUUUAGUCGGUAUGAUUGUGGGCUGGUACUUGCACAAGACGAAGUGCCAGGUGAAGAUGCCCUACUGGCUGGUGGCCGUCGGCUGGCCGGUGUCGCUCGCCAUUAUCGGCAGCCUCAUCUUCGGGAUGGUGGACGGCUACUUUGAGGUCUGGCCGACCGCUUUCUACGUCAGCGUGGGACAUACCGCGUGGGGCGUGGCGUUGGCCUGGGUGAGCAUCGCGUGCUGCUGUGGCUACGGCGGUUUGGUCAACUCAGUGCUGUCGUACCGGGGGCUGCUGCCCUUGAGCAGGCUCACCUACUGCGCCUACCUCGUACACCCCACUAUCAUGAUGUACACUUGCUUUCUUUUGGAUGGGCCCUUCCAUUUGCAAAACUCUAUGGUGAUAAUUUCGUACUCAGGGUACGCUGUGAUGGCGUUCGUCACGUCGUUCGUGAUCUCGCUCGCGUUCGAAGCGCCCGUCGUGAGGCUGCUCAAGAUCGUCAGCGGCGGACACCGCAAAAGCAAAAGCCAUUAAUACGCUUCAUCUAGUUGUAAUAAUAUUUAGACGCGGUUAAUAGCUAGAAUAAGUUAAACGUUUCGCUUGUCCAUAUUGGAACGAAACUAUGUACUGAGCUAUUUGUAGUAGCUGCGUAGGUUUAUUUAUACAUACUUUAUUAAUCCAUAUCGUGGCCACCGUACAAAAUAAUAAAGUAUGCGGCGGCGUUGCAUUGUACAGGACUUCAGCCGAACUUGGACUAAAUUGAUAUGCAGGGCACGUGAAGAGCAAUGCCUUGCUAGUCGCAGCCAGCAAAUUGGGAAUCCGGCCCCUUUAGACCAACCAACGAAGGCGUAGUUACCUCAAAGUAUUUAGUAUUUAUCAGUCUUAAAAGUAUUGUGAAUCAAAUACGUAAAACGCACCUAAUAGACAUAUUGAAUAUUCCAAGAAAAGACACUUAAAUAAGUAUGUACUUUUCAGUUUAUUUUUGUCUUUCAGGCCAAUUCGAGCUUUAGUUAUUCCAUCUGUUUACAAUAUGAUAGUGAUUCGUAUUUAAAGAAAUAUCACUUUAGACACUGAAAGAUCUGUAUCAUAUUGGAAACAGAUGGGAUAACUAAAACUUAAAUUGGCCUGCCAAUCAACUGUUCAAAAUUAACGUAAGAAAAGUAAUAACGAAAAGGAGUAGGGUAUUGGAAACUGUGAUAUUAUACGAGUACUACAGAGUAUUUCCAGCCGUGCUCUCAGGUGCAUAAACAUUAGAUGGCUUAAAAAAGCCGGUGGUUAUGUUAAAUUUGACUGACAUAUUUUCUAGUUUUGAUAUAAAUUUAGGAGGAAAGGAAAUGAGAACCCUGCUAAUAAUCAACCCUUAUUUCGUCCACUUUUUGCCACUUUGUUAUUACAGAGACAAAAAAAACUCUAAAAAAAUUGUAACGUUCUCAUAUCAUUUACGGGCAUUGGAUAUUCCACUUUCCCCGACUAUCUAGUAAAGUUGACGUAUUCUCAAACAAUAAAGCUUAGUUCAUAUAGAAUUGGCACAUAAUUAGCAAUGUUUAAAAAAUAAUAAUUCCAUUGCGGGAAAAAAUUUACAGUUACAGUUCAAUCACCAACCUUCAAAGUAUUAAUAGUGAAAAUAUUAUUUUUCUAGCUUCAUGCAUUUUAAAGUUUUGGACCAUGAAAAUUGAGAACAGGAGAUUGAUCGUGCACAAAUGCUUCGAAAAUUCUUAUCGAUCCCGGACAAAGACAGCAGCAAACUUAGUCGCUUAAGAUGCUAAAAGCUAGUAUUUAUAGAGUCAUAAAACGUUACAAGGAAACUCUAUCAGCCGACAGGAAAAUACAAACUAAUCGGAGGUGUGGGAAAAAUAACAAGAUUUUGGGAAAAAAGUCCCAAGGUCACUCAAACAAAAUUCAGGACGGUCUAAUUACGUUUUAUCCCAAAAAUUCAAAGAAACUUCUAGAAAGAUAAAAUGAUUCACCUCAGAGGUGGCUAUAAGAGCUACCGAGCAAUAAAAUAGCCAAAUCGGACUGUUAAACAGAUCCGACAAGCUAAAACACUAGCUCGACUAUUAUACGACCCAGUAUUGACAAAAUUCGAAGGUUGCUUAUUGUUGGACGAAAGACGAAAAGACGUAUGUAAAACUCGAUUUUAAUCAACUACUCAGUUCGAAGUUUUAUAUGGCCAAUAAUAGAGGUACUGUACCCAAAAAAUAUAAGUUCGUGAAACUUAUUAUAUAAACAAAAAAACAUAUGAUAUGGCAAGGAAUUUACAAUUGCGGCUGUAAGACGAAAAGUUUUAUAACAGUCAACAAUGAAGUCGAACCUUUAUAUUAAAGAGUGCUUAGAGAAAUGAGUAUUGCCAUUUAUUAGAACCCAUAACGGUCCUGUGAAAUGCUGGCCAGAUUUAGCCAGCUGCCACUAUUCAAAAAAAGUUUUGGCAUGGUGUGCUAAUAAUCAGGCCAAUUACAUACGCCGCGAGAUGAAUCCUUCGAAUUGUCCCCGAUUUCAAUCUAUCAAAAACUACUGGGCAAUCAUGGAAAAAAAAUUAAACAAGACUAGUCAAAUUGUCCAGGGUAUCAAUUCAUUGCGAUCUACAAGAAAUCAACACGCCAAAAAUGUCGACAAAAGUGUUGUGCAGAAAAUGACGGGGUCUCAUUAUUUACAUUUAGUUCGUAAUUAUUUACAUAACAGAGAUUUUUUAUUUAUUUAUACAUAUUUGAAAGCUAAAUAUAUUACUAUUUAAAAUUCACUUAUUACAUUCAUUUAUUUAUUUAAAAAAAUAACAAUCUUCUAGUGCGUACCAAUUCUAUAUGAACUAUGCUUUAGU